AUGAUCAUGAAUCAAGAACAAAAUAAUCAUGAUGAUUGCAUUGAUAAUAAUUCAACAUCGAAGAAAAUGUAUCAACACUUGCUGAUAAAAAAUUUUCGAACUGAAAUUAUGAAAACUCCUUAUUAUUUACUAUUGAAUGAUAAACCAUUUCAAAUCAUACUAGAUCAAACACUAUCAUCGAUAUCAACAAAACCCCUCAAUUAUCAUCAUCGCCGUUAUCAAUUACAACAAAUAGCUUUAUUAAUGCAUAGAAUUAAAUUAAUACCAAUCUAUCUUCGUCUAUGGAAAACCUAUUGGAAAUCUGGUAUGGGACAAUUCAAUCUUGAUUCAAAAGAACAAUAG